AUGGCGUCGAGACUACCAGCGCCUUGCGGAUCUAAGAAGCUAAAAUGGCAAAGAACGCAAAAGAUAAUGGCUUUGGUACCACCUGAAAAAGCACCUUCGUCAGACAGCAGCAGCGCCUCUGAAGAAGAAAUGUUGUUUCAGAAGCCCAAUGAUGAUAAUGACGAUUUGACGUACUGUAGUUCAUUUAGACGAGAACGAUCAAAGCAAAAACGAAGUUCUAAAACGGGAAGUGGUCAAGAUCAAGCGUAUGUGUCAAAAUGGUUUGCAUUUGAUCGGAUGAAAUUUUUAAUGGAUAAAAGUGAACCAAAUGAAACUCGAGAUAGUUCCAAUAUGAAAGAUUCCUAUACUGAUGUAGACUGCUAUUUCUGGAAUGAAACUGAUGCCAAACGCGGUGCUAAUGAGAUAGGCUCCUGUUUAUUGGAUUGCUUUGUGAGACUAUGUUGUGAAGCAGGGGCAUCUGAAACAGAAAGUAAAGUGAAAGUUUUAUUACAGAUCCAAUGGUCACCAGAGAUGUCAGCAUCAACAUCAUCGGAACAAAUUAUAAAUACAGAAAUAUGUGAAAAAGAGGUGCCCAAGGUCUCCACAAAAAUUUCACAGUCCAAGAAGCAGAAAAUGUCUAUACAAAGAAGACAAGAAAAACUGCUGGAUUCUGCUCAGAUACUAAUGACUCGACAAGAUGACGACUGGGACAUUAUAGGAAAGUCAAUAGGCGUUCAAUUGAAAAAUCUGAGUACCCAUCAACAAUCAAUUGCCCAAAAAAUUAUCAAUGAUGCCCUAUUUUACGGAAAACUUGGCAAAUUGACAGAGGAAUCUAUUAUCACUUUAUCUCCACAACACAUAGCAUCAAAUCCUUCUCGCAUUUCACAUCGCUCCUAUCAUUUUUCCUCUGGCUCUUCGGUGACAAAUUCAUCGCCCCAACCAUAUUAUCAACAAUAUCCAGUACAGCCGUCCCCUCAAUCAUCUACACAAUAUAUGAUACCACAGUCCCCUCAAGCAUCUCUACAACAUACGGUACAACUUUCUCCUGAACCAUCCCAACAAUAUAUGACAUUACAAUCUCCUCAACCAUCUGCACAGCUUACGCUACAACCUUCUUUUCAACCAUCCCACCAUUAUAUGAUACCACAAUCCCCUCAAAUAUCUUCACAGCUUACGGUACAACCUUCUCCUCAACCAUCCCAACAUUAUAUGACACCACAAUCCCCUCAAACAUCUCCGCAGCCGUAUUCUUCAUCGUCGAACACUGAACCUUUUAACACUGAAUUUCCAAACUGUACAUUUAGUGAUACAACAAUUAAAAUAGGAACUGGCGCAGAUAUGAAGGAUUUUUUGAUCUUCAAAAAAAAAGAACACAAGUAA